UCACCAAAUAGGUCUUCAUGAUCAUAAAGCUGACUGAUGGAAUUCCUGAAUAUUUCGAUCACGCGAUUUCCUCGUCAGUUCACACGCACACAUGCAAUAAAUAGGAGAUUUCAGACAAACUGGAUAACUCUCACCAGUGCAGUGACUGAUGCACGAUCGCGACCCCUGGUCCCCGGUGUUUACAAAUUCACAGCCAAGACCACUGACGUACCCUUUGGGACAACGCGGAGACAAUUUCUUGACGUUCUAGCCACAACACCGCAGAGACUCGCACCUGCCAGUGAAGGGACAGCCGCUCCGAACCAAUUCAACGGGUUUUGUCCGCAAGCAAGCUAAAGACAUUGGUUCGUCUGUCGUGGCUGGACACCUCCCAGGGCAAACCCACUUACAUAUCAGAGACACUGUAGACAGUUGUUCGACAGCACUUCCUAUAUAAUUUGAUCAUUUUCGUCCUAAUCUUUUGCGGCUGAGGCUCCAACCUGGUGACCAAAUUAAAAGGGACCAACAUGUCUAAUCUUCAACUUACGCUGUUGGCCCUCAUUCUAGGAGUUUACGUCACCUCUGUUGUAGGGAUGCCAAAAGAUGCUCCACAAGUACGAGAGAAGCGAGACCUCUUACAGCUUGGCCUCAUGUUGCAGUGUAGCACCAACAGGAGUAUGUGGGACUACAAUGGGUACGGGUGCUACUGCGGUCUCGGAGGGUCGGGGACCCCUCUGGAUGCAACUGACACAUGCUGCCAGACCCACGACCACUGCUACGAAAAAAUGCAUACAGAAAAGACGUGCGCCUAUUAUAUCGAGGUGUACACGGUAUUUUAUAGAUACACCCCGUGUUCGCUCUGCAGUGAUCUUUCCUCCUACUCCAAUUGGAUCUACAAGUUUCUCGCGGGGUCCCCUGAGUGUCGCUACCGGCUGUGCCAGUGUGACUCCGCUCUCGCCGCCUGCGUGAAGAAGGCCUCGCCAACCUUUAACCCGUCCUAUACACAUUACAAUAAGAAGACGUGUAAGCAGCUCAAGAGAUGGACUGACAUCUUCUCCCAGGAGGAAACAAACCAUGGCAUCCAAGAUGCUGGCCACCGUGUUCAUGGCAACCACAAGAUAGGCGGAGACAAGGGCGUUCAGUCCAUCAUGACCGCGGGACGACAGCACGAACGUCUGAAGACCGCCGGGCGACAGCACGAACGUCUGAAGACCGCCGGGCGACAGCACGAACAUCUUAAGAGCGCCGGGCGGCAGCACGAACGUCUCAAGAGCGCCGGGCGGCAGCACGAACGUCUGCGGCGGUGAUGGGUCCACACUGCAAGGGAAGUAACCACACGAGGAAAUCCAGGAAGUUCAGGCCCCGUUCCUAUUAUGCCAUUAAUGUGAUCCCUUAACGCAUUCCUGGUUGUGAUUUUUGUCUUCACUGAAGACGUAUGCUUCAUCGGUCAUGUGAUUACAUGUAUAACAGUUUGAUUGUUUGUUUCUAUUGGUGUUUUUUUUCAUAUGGCAGAAUAACGCAUUUGUACUAGUCAAGAUUUUAAGAAAAUGUUCAGGCCAAUAUUGUCAUAUAUUCUAGGUCCGGCAAGGAGCCGUCGCGACUCAUUUGUGUCCCAUUAAAGGAUGGAGGGCCCGUGAGACGAGUUUGUGUGUCUUUGGAAUGUUACGGUCGCCAUACACUUGAGAAGACUUGUGCAGUAAAUCGUUCCUUUCGGUCGUCGUCCAUUGGUUAGAUUGCCAGUCAUCCCAACGCAUGGAAUACCAGUGUUGGCGUAAAUGUCAUCUCAAUUAGGAAGGACUGGAGAAAUUGUAUAGAAUAUUACUUAUUUGAUUCUAAAACUAGAUUUGUAUAUUUGAAUCAAUAAAAACUACAAAACAUCA